GUCAAGCCCACAGUUGGGCUCACUAGCCGUGCCGGGGUCAUUCCCGUUUUGCCUCCCCAUGACACCAUUGGGCCUAUAAGCAGGACAGUUUCUGAUGCGGUUUACGUACUCGAUGCAAUUGUGGGCUUUGAUAAACAAGACUACGAAGCAACAAAAGAAGCGGCUAAAUUCAUUCCUUUGGGUGGUUAUAAACAGUUUCUCAAAUUAGAUGGGCUCAGAGGAAAGAGACUCGGAGUUGUUCGGAAGCCAUUUGUAGAUUUUUUAAACAAGUCCUCUGUCUUACAAGCUUUUGAAAGUCAUUUGAACACAUUGAGACAAAGGGGCGCAACUAUAGUGGACAAUCUUGAAAUAGAAAACGUAAAUGUAGUGCUGAAUCCAAGUCGAAGUGGUGAACUUACUGCAAUGUUGGCCGAGUUCAAGCUCUCUGUAAAUGAGUACUUAAAGGAACUCGUUGCUUCUCCAGUGAGAUCGCUUGCUGACAUUAUUGCAUUCAACAAAAAUCACCCUGAUUUGGAGAAAACUGAAGAAUAUGGUCAACACACUUUUAUCCAAUCAGAGAAGACAAAUGGGAUCGGAGAAAAGGAAAUGAAGGCAACUGAGUUGAUGAAAAAUCUUUCACGAGCCGGGUUUGAGAAACUGAUGGUGGAAAAUGAACUGGAUGCGCUGGUGACACCAGGUACAGGUGCUAUUUCUGUGUUGGCAAUUGGAGGCUACCCUGGGAUUACUGUCCCAGCAGGAUACGACGACAACGGAAUGCCAUUUGGUCUCUGUUUUGGCGGGUUGAAGGGUACAGAACCAAAGCUAAUUGAGGCUGCUUAUGCCUUUGAACAAGCCACCAUGAUCAGGAGACCAUCUUUUCCUAAAUUGUUUGAAUUGAUAGAUCGUAACAAAGGUGGUGUUGGAAGUUUUUAGUUGAUUUAGUGUCAUCCUGGUGAAGUAAUGAAAUAUUUUUACGUGUAUCCAACCAAAUGAACAUUUUAUGUGGUUUGAUCUAUUUAAAAAUACUAAGCCUACGCUUGAUCUUGUUGGAUGGUUAAAAGGGACCAGCAUACUUGGCUACUUCAAAUCCUAAAGCGACAAUA